AUGAACGGGGUGACCCCGUCCAGCCUCCCCCUGUCCCUGAGCGUGAUCUCUGGCCCGGAGGUGCCCCCCAUCAGGGUGCAUGACUGCUCCCCGCCCCACCGCACCACGGCCAGCCCCACCAUCGCCGCAGCUCUGCCCUCGCCCAACUGCGGGAUGUAUAGGAACCCCACCCUGCUCCCUACCCUGGGCCUUAGGAAGAAACUGCUGACCAACGGAAAGGACCUGAACAUGCUCAGCGUCCCUCCGCUCCCGCGGAAACAGGCGCCCGCUCUUCCUGUUCCCAACUCCUCCUCCCCCACUCAGAAGCUCCAGUCACAUUUCUCAGGCAGUUAUGUCAAAGGUAACCCCUCUCUGGGACCCUGUUACCGGAUGUUAGGGCAUCAUGGGGGUGCUGCAAACCUGAUGGUGACCAACAGCCCCAUGGCAGGACACAGCACUGGGCCCCUCCAGCCUGGCCAGGCCAACGUCACAGGUCCCCAAGCCCCAUACUGCCUUGCGCACACCGGAGACCUGGCCCCGCCCUGCACCAAUGCCAGGUCAGUCCUAUCCAGGGAGUCCCUGGCAUCUACCACCCUGAGCUUGGCAGAGAGCGGUCGGCAGGAAUGGCCUUAUGGGUACCGUGUACUACCACCCCUGCCUGUCCAGCAGGACUCCAACCAGGGGAGUGGGGGCGGGGAGCGGUCGGGCGCGCGCCCCAACAGCGGCAGGUCCGGGGCCACCAGCAUCUCCAACUCCGCCUCCCUGCCCUCCUACCUCUUCAGCGGGGAUGCGGCCAGCGGUUCCCUGGUGCCCAGCCCCCGCCUCUCUGCUCGCUCCAAGAAGAGGGCGCUGUCCAUGUCCCCUCUGUCGGACGUCAUGGCCCUCGACUUCAACUCCGUGAUCCGCACCUCUCCCACGUCGCUGGUGGCCUACAUCAAUGGCUCGCUGCAGUCCCCGGCCCCCCGCCCCGCCCUCUCGCCCCUGCAGCCCGAGGUGUACGGGCACUUCCUCGGAGUGCGGGGGAGCUGCAUACCGCUGGCCACCCCUGGUCGUAUCAGCCCCGGCGCCUCCGCCCUGCCCAGCCCGGCGCUGGCUCUGCCCGCCCCUGUCGGUGACUGCCUCCGCAUGCAGAGGCUGGAGCUGAGGGGGGCGCUGGAGAGCAGAGCACAGCUGGUCAACAUGAUGGUCCAGCACCAGCAUUGCUCUCUACCGUCGUCAUCUACAGAGCAGAAGAACACGCCUGCCGAGGCCUUCCCCGCUGCUUUACCGCAUCGACAGCAGGAACUGCCCAUUUCCAGGAUCCCCACCCCUACCCCAUCCCCUCCCCUGGGCCCUCCGCCACCGUACCACUCCCACCAACACCUGCAUAGGCCGCAAAACAGCUUCCUGGAGCACUGUCAGAUGCCUUCAUCCGACCUGCUGCUGCCCCCGGGGCUCGCCUCCGACCUGCACUCCCUCCCUCCCUGCCCCCCGCUGGAGGAGGAGCCGGAGGGGGAGCCCGAGGACGCCAGCAGGGGGCACUGUUGCCGCUGGAUGGACUGCAGUGCCGCUUACGACCAGCAGGAGGCCCUGGUCAGACACAUCGAGAAGCUGCACAUUGACCAGCGCAAGGGCGAGGACUUCACCUGCCUGUGGGCGGGGUGCCCACGCAGACACAAACCCUUCAACGCCCGCUACAAACUCCUCAUCCACAUGAGGGUCCACUCCGGAGAGAAGCCCAACAAGUGCACGUUUGAUGGGUGUCGGAAGGCCUUCUCUCGCCUGGAGAACCUGAAGAUCCAUUUCCGCAGCCACACCGGGGAGAAGCCGUACCUGUGCCAGCACCCGGGCUGUAACAAGGCCUUCAGUAACUCCAGUGACCGUGCCAAACACCAGCGUACACACCUCGACACUAAACCUUACACAUGCCAGAUCCCAGGUUGUGCAAAGCGCUACACGGAUCCCAGCUCCUUGCGAAAGCAUGUGAAGGCCCACUCCUCUCGAGAGCUGCAGACCAGGAAGAAGCUGAGGUCCAGUUCAGAAGUGGAGCAGGAUGCGCUGACAGACUGUCUCACCAUCCAGCCCCUGCAACUCAACACCUCUCCCCAGGACACGGGGGUCAGCCUCCUGGAUCACUCCCCAGGACCAGCCCAUGACAUGUACACAAGUUUCAGUCCUCAGGCCCAGACGGUCUGUCCGCUGCCCUAUAGUGCAGCGGCCACACCAGAAAAGCCAAGCCCCUCCUGUGACAUGAGGUUCCCCAGCGUUCAGGAUGCCCCUCCCCCAGUGCCCUCUCAGCACGGGCUGGAUGCCUUUCGUAACACUCUCACAGGUAUCGCAGUAUAUGACCUCCAGGGAGGAUACCAGGAUUUUUGGGGGUAUCCGAUGCAGGGCGUAACAGAUGACAGCAGCUUUCUGCAGGUCACAGCAUUGGACCGCUGCCCCAGCCAGCUCUCCUCCAUCUAUACUGAAGGAUGACAGCUUGGACCUGCAAACCGUAUACCAAAAGCGUACACUGUCUGCACCAUUUAA